GGGGAGGUGGAGAGAGGCUGGAGGCGCAACAGCUGUGGAGAAGAGAGAGGGGGUGGGAGCACAGGGCUUUCUGCAGACAUUGAUACUCUCAGCCACCCCCCUUUACCAGGCAGCCAAAGGACCCCCAGAAAGAACUAGGAGACGGACAGAUAUGCAUUGGAGCAUGUGAUGUGGGAAGCAGCCGGAGCACUAGGAGACAAGAGUGGGAGCAGGUCCUAAAGCCCCUCAUUGACAUAAACCUUUCAACUAUCAAUACAAUUACAACUCUAGAGACCCAACCACAAUGGCAGUCCUGCUAAGAAUUAGUGCAUUGAUGCUUAUAAUUCUAACUUUAACCUCCUCAAAAGAACUAGAAAAUGGGACUUGUGAAGCAGCCAAGGAUGGGAAGUGCCAGCCAGGUAUCUUGCUCCCAGUGUGGGAACCUCAAAACCCUUCAAUGGGCGACAAGGUUGCCCGGGCUGUAGUUUACUUUGUAGCCAUGCUCUACCUCUUCUUGGGAGUUUCCAUAAUUGCUGACCGCUUUAUGGCGUCCAUUGAAGUAAUCACAUCCCAAGAGAAAGAAAUCACACUUACUAAACCCAAUGGGGAGACCAGUGUAGCCACUGUGCGUAUAUGGAAUGAGACAGUGUCCAACCUGACUUUGAUGGCCUUGGGUUCCUCAGCUCCUGAGAUACUCCUUUCAGUUAUUGAGGUGUGUGGUCACGGAUUUCAUGCAGGUGAACUGGGCCCUGGAACCAUUGUAGGCUCAGCUGCUUUUAACAUGUUUGUCAUAAUUGCCAUUUGUGUUUAUGUGAUUCCCAAUGGGGAAUCACGGAAGAUCAAGCAUCCCCGUGUGUUUUUUGUCACAGCUACCUGGAGCAUCUUUGCCUACAUCUGGCUAUACAUAAUUCUUGCAGUCACUUCUCCAAAGCGUGUUCAAGUCUGGGAGGCACUGGUUACCCUCCUCUUCUUCCCUGCCUGUGUGGUCCUUGCAUGGAUUGCUGACAAGCGCCUUCUCUUCUACAAGUAUGUGUACAAGAGGUACCGAGCAGACAAACGCAGAGGCAUCAUCAUUGAGACAGAAGGCGAGUUUCCAAAGAGCAUAGAAAUGGAUGGGAAGUUGGGGGCUUCAGCAGUAGUGGCACCAGAAACAAAGGAUGCUGGCAUGCAAGACAGUGCUGCAGCAGCCGCUGAAGCCAAGGAGCUAGAUGAAAGUCGUAAAGAGGUGAUCCGAAUUCUGAAGGAGUUGAAACAGAAGUACCCAGAGAGAGAAUUGGACCAAUUGGUAGAAAUGGCUAAUUACUAUGCUCUCCUCCAUCAGCAGAAAAGCAGGGCAUUCUAUCGUAUCCAGGCCACACGCAUGAUGAUUGGAGCUGGCAAUGUACUGAAGAAACAUGCUGCAGACCACAGCAGAAAGCCAGCCACCUUACAGGAGGUGACUUCUGAUUCCAGUGAAGAGAACACUAGCAAAAUCUUUUUCCAGCCCAGCAAUUACCAGUGUCUAGAAAACUGUGGAUUUGUGACUCUAAAUGUUGCUUGUCAAGGAGGAGACGGAGCAAGUACCUUUUAUGUGGAUUACAAGACUGAGGAUGGAUCUGCUAAUGCAGGCUCAGACUAUGAAUACAGUGAGGGUACCCUUAUAUUUAAGCCAGGAGAGACACAAAAAGAGCUUAAGGUAGGGAUCAUUGAUGAUGACAUCUUUGAGGAAGAUGAACAUUUCUUUGUCAGGCUAAUGAAUCUGAGGGUGGGUGAUGCUGAGGGGAUGUUUGAACCAGAUGGUGAAGGGCGCCCAAAAGCUCGUCUGGUGUCCCCUCUAAUUGCAACUGUGACAAUCCUGGAUGAUGAUCAUGCUGGAAUAUUCACUUUUGAAGAGAAGCUAGUUCAUGUGAGUGAAAGUGUUGGGAUCCUAGAAGUGAAAGUAGUGAGGAACUCAGGGGCAAGAGGAACAGUGGUCAUCCCAUACCGGACAAUGGAGGGAACAGCUAGGGGUGGAGGAGUGGACUAUGAAGAUGCCUAUGGGGAACUGGAGUUCCAGAAUGAUGAGACUCUAAAAACCCUGCAGGUUAAGAUUGUGGAUGAUGAGGAGUAUGAAAAACAAGAAAACUUUUUUAUUAUUCUGGAGGAACCUCGGUGGAUGAAACGUGGGAUUUCAGCUCUGUUACUCAAUCAGGAUGAAGAUGACAAAAAGCUGACAGCUGAGGAGGAAGAGGCAAAGAGGAUUGCAGAGAUGGGAAAGCCAAUAUUAGGAGAGCAUUCCAAGUUGGAGGUUAUUAUUGAGGAAUCAUAUGAAUUCAAGAGCACAGUAGACAAGCUAAUUAAGAAGACCAAUUUGGCACUAGUGAUUGGUACACAUUCCUGGAGAGAGCAGUUUACGGAAGCUAUCACAGUUAGUGCUGGUGACGAGGAAGAGGAAGAUGAUGGACGUGAGGAACGAUUGCCAUCAUGCUUUGACUACGUUAUGCAUUUUCUCACAGUCUUCUGGAAAGUCCUCUUCGCCUUUGUUCCCCCCACAGAGUACUGGAAUGGCUGGGCCUGCUUCUUUGUUUGUAUCAGUAUUGUGGGUAUACUAACAGCUGUAAUAGGAGACCUGGCUUCACACUUUGGUUGCACUGUUGGGUUGAAGGACUCUGUGACAGCUGUAGUGUUUGUGGCUCUUGGCACGUCUCUCCCAGAUACAUUUGCCAGUAAGGUGGCAGCAAUGCAGGACCAAUAUGCUGACGCCUGUAUUGGCAACGUAACAGGUAGCAAUGCAGUUAACGUCUUCUUGGGUAUUGGUGUUGCUUGGUCUGUGGCAGCCAUCUAUUGGGCUAUCCAAGGCAAAGACUUUAUUGUGGAGACAGGUUCCUUGGCCUUCUCUGUCACCCUCUUUACUAUCUUCGCAUUCAUCAACAUCGGCGUCCUGCUGUACCGCAGGAGACCUCAUAUAGGGGGGGAGUUGGGUGGCUCCCGUCUCUCCAAGACCCUCACAGCCAUGCUGUUCAUUGGCCUUUGGCUGCUGUAUAUAUUGUUUUCCAGCCUGGAAGCCUACUGCCAUAUUAAAGGCUUUUGAAAGGUGAUGAGGAUGCAGAAGUCAGUUUCCUCCAUGAACUUGGGCCUCAGUCAUUCCAUGGACUCUCCCAGACUGGAUUGUGAGAUGUUUCAUUACAGUAGAGUUUGAGGGCACAGACUCGGUAUAAUGUAUUUAUUUAUUUAUUUUUCUAAACCCUUCUGUCCUAAAUGUCUCCCCUUCCUAUAUCUUUCAUGGGGUAGCAAAAUAGCACAAUUUGUUGUAAGAAGAGGGGUAAAUGGAGUUCACCAUUUUUCAAGGAGGUUUUCCCCUUUAAACUACAAUGCACUUGCAUAGAUAACUAUGCCAGGCAGACCAAAAACAAGAAUCAGCUUUUCCUUGAUUGACUUAUACAACUCUAGGCAUAAAAGCCUGCACUAUUGGGUGGACAGGAUGGUUGGAGAGACUUUCCGCCCUUCCUUAUAAUGAGCUUCAUAUCCUUUAAAAGGGAACUGUCACUGUUAUAAAAAAAAAAACCCCCACUGAACGCUAGUAAAUAAUUAAUAAUUCUUUAUGACAUAUAGAUGUUAUUUUUUCUCAUAGUUAGAGAUAUAUAUGAUUUAUUUAUUAUUUAUGCUUCCUCAACCUAACAUAUAAAUAACUCAACCCAUGCUAUUUGUCAGUAACGCAGAGCAAGUCGCUGGCUCACAGCAUGAGUGUUUUGAAUUAAAAUUGGCUUUAUAGAAAGCAGGAAAAUGUACUGUGAUUUUUCAGUAGAUUUAAGUGGUUUAUGCCGGCCAAAACAGGCAAACAUUUUGAGACCAAAAAAACCUUAGGGAAAUUAGUAGCAUUCUUCAGUAUGUUGCAGAAAAACUCACUCAAAAGGAAAGGCUUUUUUCCCCUUUGUCAGCUUUUAAUAGAAAAAAAUAUUAGCUCUUAGAUAGAAAUGUUUACUCAAAUUUGAGCAUAAAAAUCAUAUGGAUUGUUAGCAAAUCAGCUCCUUGGUGUUAUGCAGGCAUUAAUAAUCUGUGACAAGUUGCAUCUGGUCUUCUUUCAUUAAUAUUUGUAUUACUUUUUAUUUUGCCACCCUGUUCCACUUGCCAUGGUCGGCAUAAUAACCAACCAGAGAGAAGAUGCAUUCUGAGGCUAGAUUUGUAUUGCUAAAAUAAAAUUUGUCUGAGAUUCUUAACUGUCUACAUGAUGCUAAAAGUUCAUUUUAAAAUGAAGAUUCCCUUUAACGGUGUGAUAAUAAGUGCCAGAGAAUGGGAUAACAUGUCAUAACAUACAAGACCUUCCUAUAACUAUAAAAUUAGCUGUAUAGUUGUUUUCCUAAGUGUAUUUAUGCUAAACUAGAUGUACCAGUAGUGGGAUCUGAAUAAGUCACAUGACUGGCAAUGCCUCCUUUCUGCAGAAAGCCAUUUACCUCCUCUUUUCCACUUACACUGAUGAUUCUGAAAAUUCCCACAAGUUUCCUUCCUAAAUGCACUCAGGGUGAUACCUUGUUCCUGAUAUUUCUAAAAGUUGAAUUCAGAAAAUGCUUAAAACAAAAGCCAAAGUGGGUGAAAUAGUCCAAAACAUUGUCAAAUGGAAACAUUUCUUGAUUGCACAGAUGAUGCUACCAUGGGAGCAUUAUAUCAUUAUGUUUAAUAACAUAGCUAUGUUUGGAUGAUACUUCACUCUGUAUUGAUUGGUUUCACCUAAAAUGUUCUAUGUUAAGGCCUACUUUAAUCCUCUUCAAGGGGCAGAUUUUUUUUUGGAAAGACUUUGGCUAUGAGUGGAGGAGCUUUAAACCCAUAUAGCCAUUUCUACUUGUUGGCUAUUUUUUUAAUGUGACUUGUGUUGGUCUGUUACAGUCCAUAACAGCAACAAUUAAAGGGCUCCUGAGGAUUUUUUACAAACAAGGUUUUCUACAGUCAGCCAACUGAAAAACAAUUAGUGUGUGGCUUCCUUCAUAGUAUUAGGUAAAAUUCAUGCUACCAGAAUAGAUCAGUUAUCCCUAGUUUCAGAAUUAUUUUAAAAUAGGAUUCUUAUGCUUAUUACUGCAUUAAGCAAGGGAAAGGCAUCUGUAAAGUAAGAUGCUGUACAGGUGACAAUAUAAAAUUUUGGUCCCAUAAAAGAUGCUUCAUCCCAUAAUUUCCUUCUGUGUGUUUUAUAUGCUAUACCCUGAAGGGUGUGGGGCAAGCUUUUGGCCACAAACUCCCUCCUGUGUCACUGCAGAUGGAGGAAUAUGCUACAACCCCUAAUCUCCCUUAUCUUUGUGCCAUUCUUUUUAGAAAAAGUCAAUGUAUACAAGCUGCUCCAUAAACUCUUACUUCCUGCCACUGUUCCAAAAGCAUAUACACCAAUGAUCUUGCAUGCCACUCUAUAUUCAGAGAUGCAGAUCCCCUCCAUGUCUGUGCAUGGUACAUCACUAGAGAACCUAUGAAAGCCAUAGGUAAGAUUUACAGCUUUCACUGCCCUUUCUUACAGUUGUUUGGUGAUAUAAGACUGGUGCUUUUUGCUUUUUUGUGUGUCCCUUUGGUCACUAUUUUAAGCCCUUUCAAUUGGUUCAUGAUCCUCAAGCUAGCCAAUCAGGAUUAAGCCAUUAUAUACCGAGUUUAAUGUAUUUUAACUGAGCCUCCUGCAACUGAUUGCACUGCCAAUGCUGGUGUUUAAGUGUUUAGAAAACUGACACGGCACAAAUACCAGACAUCAUUUACCAAUUAUUAAGUCCAGACCAGAGUCAGCAGUAUAGCCCUUUAUAUGAUAUGUGAUGGUACUUUUUGAUCACCGUGAGUAGACAUGCCUGUUUAGGUUUAAUAUAUAAAUGCAAUGAAUUGAUAUUGCCUUCAUCAGCAGAAGGUUAAGAACUGCAAGUAAGAUUUAGAGCCCGGUAACUGGUCUUACAGAAUACUGACAAAGGUUUGAUGUCUCCUGUAUUUUUGCUUCUACUUUGGCUACAUGUAUAAGAAUUGUUCUAGAGUUAUCUUCAGUAAUGUAAAAGGUGAGAUUAUGUGCAACACAUCAGUUUAUACUUCCAACCUCUUUCUUGUUUUCUGAAAAUCAGGCUAUAAAGUCAUGUUAAAUAUAUGUUGUAUUACCAUCUGUAAUUAACAUCAGGUCUUCCAGAUUUCCUCAAGUUGCAUUUGCUCAAUUCAUUCAGGUUUGUGGAACUGGGGAGUGGGCCUGUCUUGAUAAAUAUGAGUGAUUUUUCUCUAAACUCAUCUGGUUUCCUAGCCCAGAAAUGCCUCUUGGUUUGGACAUGUAGUAUGCCAGUGAACUGGGCACAUUAUUUCUAUGGUACAUAAUGAACAUAUCAGUGCUAUAGAACCUUUUACCUGUGUAUCAAAUAAAAUAUUUAUUCACGCACCAAGAAGCUUAUGGAGCCCUUAUGCAUCAAGGGUGAUGGAACAGACCUGGACCGUGGACCAAAUGGACAGCCCCAUUCAAUAUUUAAUAUUCAUUAUUUACUCAGAAAGCAGAAACUGACUGCAUGACUUCUACUCUUCUUAAUAUGUCCAUGCAGCUACAGAUUAUUCUGGCUAUCUCACGGUGAUCAGAAUUUUGCCCUUUCGCUUAUCCAUGGAGGCACAAGGAAAAUGAAAACCUGGAGCCUACCUGCAAUGAAGCUGCAGCCUGCUAUUGUACAUGAACCAGUGAACUUACCAAAAGAGAAAGAAAAUUGCCAAUACGGGAUGUCAACUUGCUAUUAAAAGAUUCCAUUCACCUUGGUCCUUUGUAUGACUAUGGCAGAUCAGGAGCCAAUGGUUAUUUCUUGAUGAUAUGUUUACGUAAUAAACAUUAUAAAAUGAAACAACAGUGACAGUAGCCUGUAGCUAGCACCAGAUGGGGCACAGUGAGAAGUGGUUUUAUAGACCUGUUAACAGUACUCUCUCAAUGUGGCUAUUUUAUAUGUAAGACUGGAUUCCUUGUCGCAUUCUGUAUUUGUAGUCCUUGGAUUUGUAUUUCUCAUUGCUAAUUUCCUAUUCUGUGCCACAUACUUCUCAGUUCUCUGGCACUUGAUUCUCCUUUCCUCUCUUGCCUUAUAUGCCUUGUUUCCCAUUCCCCUGCAUCAGCGCGUCUCCUCUCCCCUCCCUCUAUCUCUAUUCUUUGUAUUCUCUCUUUUUCAACCUGCUGUUCUCUCUCUAAUUCAUCUCUCUGCUCCUUUCUCUUUACUCCCCUAGUGUCUAUCUGAGUCUGCCUGUGCUGAUAGAGAACGGUUUACAGCAUGUCCUAUUAUUGCAAGAAGAAAACUAUAACUUUAUGAAUAUAAUUCUUUAUUUUGAAAAACAUGUCUUAUUGUCUUAUUGCUCAUCAUCCAAGAAAGACAUUAGGGGGCACAUUUACUAAACUCCGAUUAAGCAUUUAUGAGAUAAAUUCAUAUUAUUUCCAACUUAUAGAACAUUUCAUAAUGUAUGCGAAAAUUUUGUUAAAAUUCCACAACUUUUUCAUGAUUUUCGUUAAAGUUCCAUGAAAAAAAUCUUACUUUGUGCAAAGACUACGAACAUUUCGGAAUUCAUUAAAGCUUUGAUUGAACUUU